AUGGCAUUUUCAACUUCCCCAAUAUAUCAUAAUAAGUUAUCACCACCAACGGAAAGACUUGGAAAAAAUGAAAAAAUUGGAAGAAGCAGUGAAAUACAUUUUUAUGAUGAUGGUGAUGUUGAAUUGACGGCAGAAAAUAUUACAUUUCGAAUACAUAAAAAUAUUUUAUCAUUAUCAUCACAAUUUUUUAAUGGAAUGUUUCUAUCAGCAAAACCAUCAGAUGAAGAUUUAAUUAUAUCAAAUAUUACUGGAAAAUCAAUUCCUAGAAUUGAAUUAAGAGAUGAUGCGGCACCUGAUAUUGAAAAAUUACUUUCAUUUCUUUAUCCCAAUACCUUUUUUGAAAUUAGUUGGGAUGAUGUGGCAAGUUUAUUAAGAUUAGCCGAUAAAUAUAUUGUGGAAACUUUAACGUCGGCUUGUGUGGCAUUCCUUAAACGAUCAUAUCAAGAAGAACCUUUACAAGCAUUAAAAUUAUCAGAAGUUUAUCGAAUUUCGACAGUAUAUAAAGAAUCAUCAAAAUUGGUAUUAGAUAAUUUCGAGCAAUUCUUUCAUGAACCCAAAAAUCUUAUAGGAUUAUCAAGGACCACAAUAAAUAAAUUAAAAAUAUCAAGGCAACAAUAUGUUGAAGGAUUAAAUAAAUUAUAUUGCGUUACGGUGGAUAGAAGGUUUCCACCUUUAGCGACUGAACACUUGAGAUCUAAAUUUGAAGAAUGUGUUAAAGAUAUUUGUACAUUUCCAUUUCAAGUACCAUCUUAUUCUUGGAUGAAAUUACAUCAAGUUGAUUGUUCUAAACAUUUUGAAUGUCGGGAAGAAUUAAGGAGGUUGAAACCUUUUAUUAAUGAAAGGAUAACAACAUUUUUUGGUGAUUAUGAACCUCUUGCUUGGUCACGAUCUCCACCUUCCAAUACACCGCCACCUUCUAAUAUGCCUGAAGCACGUUAUCCGUUCAUUGAAUUGAGAGAUGAUUAA